CAGCUGCGUCCGGCGCCCUCACCGCCCGCCUGCGCGCUCGCUAGACCUACCACAUCCUCGCAGCCACCCACUCGGAGAAUUUCCAGGCCUGGCACCAUCGCUCGACUUUUUCGCUAGGCGUGCGCGCGCGCGGCGGGCGGCCAUGUGGUAUUUUUUUCCUUCUUCCCUGCUUGGAAUGUUUCCUUACAACCUGUGCCUUUGCCGAUGCAACGCAUUUGCAUGCGUUGGCAGCGCGAGAAUACGCCGAGGCCGGAGCUGCCGCUUCAACGUCUACUGUAAAAUGCAGGAUAGAACUUCUGCCCGGACUGGACUAGGCCCGACGCUUGCUCUGCGGACAAAGAAAAAACAUGUGAGCCCUGCCUGUCUCUCCGCCUCAACAAUUCCGUGGUCUGCGUGGCGCGGGCAGACCCUUCGUUCGCGAUGGGUGUUGAGGAUGGUAAUCAUGCGGUCAUCGACUGCCGGCUCCGAACCAGAUCCAGAUCCAGAUCCAGAUCCGGAGUUUUCGCGAGCGGGCGUUGGAGCGGAGUCGGGUUGGGUGUUUUGAUGUUGCGUGACGUUCUCCUAUCGGGUCGACCUUUGAAAGCACGGAGGGGUAAGCUGGCAUCUGCUGGAGUCAAGAAUACCUUUACAGCGACUUGGUGAUGUUGGGGAAGAAGCUUUGAAGGGGGCACAGACGACUAAUUUGAGAUA